CUCCGCUCACCUUAUCCCCUUCCGGCAAAACCUCGCGCGCUCCUCCAAUGGCAACCUCCCUCCCGACCACCGCCGCCGCCGCGCGCCUCGCGGCGCAGGCCUUUGCCUUCCCGUCGCCGAGGCCUUCCUCCGCCACCGCCUCCGCCGCCCUCCCGCGCGCCGCCUUCCCCGCAAUCGCCGUCGCGGCGGUGAGGCCCCGGCGAGCGCAGCAGCUGAAGCCUCCGGCCGCGGCGGGGGCCGCUGGGGGCGAGCAGAGGGAGACGAUACUGCUCCCUGGGUGCGACUACAACCACUGGCUGAUCGUCAUGGAGUUCCCCAAGGACCCCGCCCCCACCCGCGAGCAGAUGAUCGACACCUACCUCAACACCCUCGCCACCGUCCUCGGAAGUAUGGAGGAAGCCAAGAAGAACAUGUAUGCAUUCAGCACAACCACCUACACAGGGUUCCAGUGCACUGUUGAUGAAGAGACAUCAGAGAAGUUCAAGGGUUUGCCUGGUGUUCUGUGGGUGCUUCCUGAUUCCUACAUUGAUGUAAAAAACAAGGACUAUGGAGGUGACAAAUACAUAAACGGUGAGAUAAUUCCCUGCACGUACCCAACCUACCAGCCAAAGGAACGGAGAACAUCUAAGUAUGAGAGUAGACGGUAUGAGAGGCGAAGAGAUGGCCCCCCAGCCAACAGGAGACCAAGGCAACAGGCCCCCCAGACUGAGUCAGCAUCUUCAUGAGUAUUGCAGGCAUUUAUCCACAUACUACUGAAACAAAAGAGCACGUGCUUUGGCACCAUGUACGGACGAGCAGGCAAAUCCAUCCUCAGCCCAAAAUAUCAUGCAGAGCUGUGCAAUUGACCCGCACAGCUUGGAUUUGGAUCAUGUGGAUGGGUGCUGGUAUUUUGUGCAGACUAUGACAUCUCAGUGUGACACGUGACUGAAAACCCUGAUUCAUCUAAAGUGUUACUAUUCUCCCAACUCCUAGGGAACUAUCCUCAUGAUAUUUUCUAUGAUGUCGACUGGCCUAGCUGUAUCACGGAAUUCUAAAUGUGCUCCAGUUCCCCUUUUGAGCUUUGCUUGAACAGUUGGCCUUUUGCCAUGGUAUUAUACUUGCAUGUUCUGCUUGAGUUUGCAUAUUGGGUCAUUGAAGGAAGUGAGAUUUAUUCGUCCUUGUGUUAA